AUGGAGAAAGUGAGAGAAAUUGUGAGAGAAGGGAGGAGAGUAGGAAAAGAAGACCCAAGAAGAGUAGUUCAUGCUUUCAAAGUUGGACUCGCUCUUGCUUUGGUCUCUUCCUUCUACUAUUACCAACCUCUCUAUGAUAACUUCGGUGUCAAUGCAAUGUGGGCGGUCAUGACCGUAGUAGUCGUCUUCGAAUUCUCUGUAGGUGCCACACUAGGGAAAGGAAUAAAUAGGGCAGUGGCAACAUUAGUAGCUGGAGGACUGGGAAUUGGAGCUCAUCACCUAGCAAGUUUGUCUGGUCCAACAAUAGAACCUAUUCUGCUCGCCAUCUUUGUCUUUGUGCAAGCUGCGUUGUCGACGUUCGUGAGAUUCUUCCCGCGAGUGAAGGCGAGAUAUGAUUAUGGGAUACUGAUAUUCAUAUUGACGUUCUCACUGAUAUCAGUGUCCGGGUUUAGAGAGGAUGAGAUAUUGGACUUGGCCCAUAAGAGACUAUCGACAGUGAUAAUGGGAGGAGUCAGUUGCGUCUUAAUCUCUAUCUUUGUCUGUCCUGUCUGGGCUGGACAAGACCUUCAUUCUCUUCUUGCCUCCAAUCUUGACACACUCUCCCACUUCCUUCAAGAAUUUGGAGACGAGUAUUUUGAAGUGACAAAUGAUGGGGACAUCAAAGAGGUUGAGAAGAGGAGAAGGAAUCUUGAAAGAUAUAAAAGUGUUCUCAACUCAAAAAGCAAUGAGGAAGCUUUGGCUAAUUUCGCAAAAUGGGAACCUCGUCACGGUCAAUUUAGAUUUAGGCAUCCAUGGCAACAAUAUCUUGCCGUGGCUGCAUUACUCAGGCAGUGUGCCUACCGGAUUGAUGCAUUGAACUCAUAUCUUAACUCUGAUCUUCAGAUUCCAAUGGACCUAAAAAAGAAGCUAGAAGAACCAUUAAGAAGAAUGAGUUCGGAGUCAGGAAAAUCAUUUAAAGAAAUGUCCAUUUCACUAAAGAAAAUGACAAAAUCAUCUUCUGCCGAUAUCCAUGUCCUAAACUCACAAUCUGCUUGCAAAGCUCUUUCUACUUUACUCAAAUCAGGCAUCUUGAACGAUGUUGAGCCACUACGAAUGAUCUCAUUGAUGACUACAGUCUCUCUUCUCAUCGAUAUUGUUGAUCUGACCGAAAAGAUCUCAGAAUCUGUACUUGAGCUCGCAUCCGCUGCAAGAUUUAAGAACAAGAUAAAGCCGACCGUGACAUUGAAGAAGUCGGAUUCUGUAAGCACCCGUGCCAUGCCAAGCAAGUCUCGCGAUCGUGAUGAUCAUGUUGUCACAAUCUUAUGUGAUGCUGAUGUAUCAAAUACUGUUGACAAGUCGUGUGGAGAGAGUUCAGUGGACUCUUCUCACCAGGUCGCCAUAAAGAUUGAUGAUGAUGAAGAUGAUUCAGUCUAUGAAAAACAUGAAGAUGGUGAAAUACAUGUACAUACGAAUUGUGUAUCAUGUGGUCCAUCUCAUGCUAGUGAUGUUUUAGAUAGUAGUAAUGAGAGAAUUAGCAGUAACUAA